AUGUCGGAGGGACCAUCGACGCCGGAGUGGGACAUCAACGACGCGGUGGUGCCGCGCGUCACCAGCUUCGACCCGUUCGGCGAGUGGUGCGACGGCCACGUGCGCCGCGUGUACCCGCCCGGCUGCGAGGAGGCGAGGCGGCACGCUUCCGGCUGGGCGAUGCGAAACACGAACAACCACAACGUGCACAUACUGAAGAAGAGCUGCCUCGGCGUACUGGUCUGCUCGGUGCGGUGCCGGCUGCCCGACGGCUCGCGGGUGCACCUGCGGCCGGCGAUCUGCGACAAGGCGCGCAAGAAACAGCAAGGCAAGCCGUGCCCGAACCGGCUCUGUAACGGCGGGCGGCUAGAGGUGCAGCCGUGCCGCGGCCACUGCGGCUACCCCGUCACGCACUUCUGGCGGCACACGGAGCACGCGAUAUUCUUCCAAGCGAAGGGCGCGCACGACCACCCGCGCCCCGAGGCGAAGGGCGCGAGCGAAGUGAGGCGCUCGAUCGGCGCGGGCCGGCGCGUGCGCGGGCUGGCCCUGCUGCUGGCGCGCGAGGCCGCGAUGGCCGACAAAGCGCUGACGGCCAAACAGGAGAGGCACGCGCCGCAGAAACACGGCGGCCACCCGCAGCCGCCGCCCCUGAUCCCCGACAACCAAAGAGUUCUCACCUGUCCGUGCGGUCCGUUCGAGUGCACGUGUCGAUGGCGGCAUGACUUGCCCGCGGAGUCGUACGCCACUCCGACGUGGACUCCGGUGGAGCACCAGAGCUACGCGACCUACCCCAAUCCGGCGGCACCAGCGCCGGCGCUCCAACAGCAGACGUACGACACCACCCUACCCGCGGACGACAUCUUCCAUCCGGAGGAAAUAUUCCAGUUGGACCAGCCCAUCAGGUUGGACUUCCCGCUAGAGGAGAGCACACUCGAAUCGCCGCCGACCUUCGCCGACCUCAACAACGACAAUUCGCGGCCCGAGGACGCGUACUGGUUGGAGUGGCAGAGGGCGGCGGGGGGAUCUGAGUCCAGCGAGACCCCAUCACCGGAGCUCUUCAGCGGGUAUCAGCAUCCGGAGGCGUUCUGCGAACAGCAGGGCUACCCGCACCAGUUGUACUACCCCGAGGAGGCGCAAUACUACCCCGCCGAGGGCUCCAGGGAGUCGCCGAUCAUGGAAAUGCAGGAGCAACGCUUCUACAGAUACGGCCAGGACUGCCUCCAGAACAAUGUCGAUAUGCAGUCGUGGAACUAUUCGGACUGCGCGUUCGCGUCACACUUCGAUACGCAGCACACACAAAACGCUAACGCGUUCGGUGCUCUAUUA